GAGCGCAGUAGGCGGCGGCGGUGCAAUGCGCAGGCGCAUCCUUUUCUUGCCACCCCUUGCAUGCCGGCUGGUGGCUCUGUAGCGAGCCCGGUCGCGGUCCGGGAAGAAGUCUGAGUUCCGCCUGCGUCGGUGGGUCCUGGCCUUUCCCCGUUACCGGAGCUCCGUCCGAAGGGGGAGCAACGGCAGUAGAGGCUGACCAUGUCCAGGAAUUUCUCUGACACAAGUAACAGAAAAGAACAUGUCAAAGUUACAAGUGACAAUCAGCCAGGAUUCCUGGAGCGUCUCAGUGAGACUUCUGGGGGAAUGUUUGUUGGAUUAGUGACAUUCUUACUCUCCUUUUACCUGAUUUUCACCAACGAGGGCCGAGCCUUGAGGACUGCGACAUCUCUGGCUGAAGGGCUUUCCCUCGUGGUCUCCCUUGACAGCAUUCACUCAGUGGCUCCAGAAAAUGAGGGGAGGCUUGUACACUUGAUUGGUUCCCUUCGAACAUCAAAGCUCCUCUCUGAUCCAAACUAUGGGAUCUACAUUCCAGCGGUGAAAUUGAAGCGACAAGUGGAAAUGUACCAGUGGGUGGAGUAUGAAGAAUCCAGGGAAUAUAAGGAAGAUGGUCAAGUGAAGACGGAAAGAAAAUACUCGUAUAACACUGAAUGGAAAGCAGAAGUUGUGAAUAGCAGGAACUUUGAUCGAGAGAUUGGUCAUAAGAACCCCAGUGCUAUGGCUGUGGAAUCAUUUACUGCAGUUGCUCCUUUUGUCCAGAUUGGCAGAUUCUUCCUUUCAGCUGGUCUCAUUGACAAGAUUGACAACUUUAAACCCCUGAGCCUGUCGAGACUGGAGGAUCCGCAUGUGGACAUCAUUCGGAGAGGAGACCACUUCUACCACAGCGAGAACCCCAAGUAUCCAGAGGUUGGAGACAUCCGGGUUUCCUUUUCCUAUGCAGGGUUAAGUGGAGAUGACCCCAAUCUGGGCCCGUCUCAUGUGGUGACUGUCAUAGCUCGCCAAAGGGGAGACCAGCUGGUUGCCUAUUCCACCAAAUCUGGGGAUUCGCUGCUGCUUUUGCACCAUGGGGACUUCUCGGCCGAGGAGGUAUUCCAGAAGGAGCACCAGAGCAACACAAUGAAGACCUGGGGCCUGCGAGGCGCAGGCUGGCUAGCUAUGUUUGUUGGCAUCAAUCUCAUGACUAGAAUUCUUUAUACUCUGGUGGACUGGUUUCCCCUCAUCCGCGAUCUGGUCAACAUCGGACUGAAGGCGUUUGCCUUCUGUGUGGCCACCUCCCUGACUCUGCUGACCAUUGCCGUCGGCUGGCUCUUCUACCGUCCCCUCUGGGCUGUGUUCAUCGGCUUGCUGGCUACGGUUCCCAUCGUCGUCGCCCGAUCCCGGGUGCAAGCAAAGAAGCAUGACUGAAGAUGGCUCCAGUUUCUUCUCUUUCUGCCUUCACCGUGGUGAAGAGUGUUUUACCCCAAAGGAGCAUCUGUCACAGUUCAGGCCCUCCCAGCAGGCCGACAGCCAUUUUGUCGUCAACUCUGGGCACCAAAGUUUCUGCACGGGACCUUUUUAAAAAUCUUUCAUUCUCCCUCCAGACGAUAACAGCCUCAGAGACCCAAAGAUCUAGGUGGUGGGGAUCAGCUGGCUUAAGCCUCCCUCUCUUCUUCCUGACAGCUUUUGGCAAGUGGGAGGCGGUGGUUUUGGCUGGGCAGCAGAGGCUUUUUUGUUAUUGUACUUGACCCUUUGGCAAGAUAGAGCUGAAGGAACUGGCCUGUCGCACAAGGCAAGAUCCUCUAAUAAAAUGUGUUAAUUGUGCAAAGUAUUGUCAACCUACCCUACUAAUGAAAAGACCCAGAGGGGGCGGUGGCCAGAGGUGUGCUGCCCUCGUGGCUGAACAAACUUGAGCUUAUGUAUAAAAAUUCAUAACUUGCUCUCUUUAGUAGGUUCUCGUCCAGUUUUUCCUCUGUUGGGAAUAACAGUGUUGCUUCCAUAUCCUAUUUUAAGAAGAAAAUUACUUUAGGUCAGAGAUUUGAGUUUUCUUUUUCAUUUAACUUUUGUCAGCAUUUCAGGCUGUUACACAACAAUACAUGCAGCUCUCUCUUUGAAAAUUAGUUCUGCGUAGAUGUAGAAAAAUAGGAUUCCUGCCUAGUAAAGCUUUGUUGGGGGGGGGGGGGCGGAGAGGAGUGGGAAGGGGGAGGUUUAAUUAUUUAAAGGAAUCUUUUUCACUGGGUAAAGUGACCAUUCAGGCGUUUUUCCCUGCGAUUUUCUAUUUGUCGAUCUUGAAGUCAAACGUCACUUGGCCAAAAAUCGUUAGUGAAACCCUUUUUUUUUUUUUGUGGUGGGCUGGGGACUAGGAGGGAAGAUAGGGAAAAGGGAAGAGGGCAGUAGGGAAAGGUCUUCACAUUUAUCCUAAUUAUAUGCUUUAUGAAAUUUUCAAUGCAAUUUUUUGGCAAAGUACUUAUUACUUUAAAACACUUAUGGGUUUCUUAGAUGGGCAGGACUAGUUGAAGCUUUAAAAAGAAAGGGCUAGAAAUUGAACCAAAGGUAUCCAACUACAAUACAGUGCUCUUUCAGUUCCUUGGGUUACUUUUUGGCAGAUAUAUUUUUUUCUUUUUAGUAAACAGGGAAAAGAAGUGGGACAUCAAUAGGAAAUUAAGGAAAAGGGGGUCUCGAUUUGGUUAUUAGAGAGUGCCUAAUCCGGAGGAAUCAAGUGUCACGGAACAGGUUCUCUCUUGCGGGGACCUGUUGAGGUUGCUAUUUUACCCAUCUGGGUGAUUGAGGGAGAAGCCUGGAUACAGGCUACCUAAUCUAAAUGCUGUCAGUAAAGUUUCUUGGUGCGGGUUACCUGUUGCCAUAACGUAACUGGCAACAACGAUCUCUUACCGCCCAACCAGUCAACUCAAGCAAUCCUCCUUUCUCAAUCACUUUCCCACCCUUUAAAGAUAACGAUGUUGUAACCUCAGAGGUAGGAAGGUGCAUGGUGUUAUUUUCUUCUGUUAAAUAUUCAGAAAUGGUUCUUUUCUUAGAUCAGUUAGGAUUCCGGUUUGGAGUAAGACAUGUUGAAGCCUAAGUACAUCAUUUGUUCUUAUGUUCCCCUUCGUAUCUCGGGAGCAAGGCCAAUGUCAAGAAUCCUCAUUACAUUUUUUUUUUUUUAAAUUGUGAUGUUUCUACUUAGUUACCAAAAUAAGUUAGAAUGGCUACUCCUUGUUGGGUAAGCAGAAAACACUGGGUGUUGCUCUUCCUCAUUUACAAUUUGAAAUUCUUGAAAGAUGGUUCUUGAACACAAGUAACUUCAAUUGUCAACACUGAAGACAAUGGUGAUUUGGAAAGCAAUUUGUCUCUAUCUGCUCUUUCGUGCGAGCUCCAAAAAUCUGCCGAUUUCUAAAUUGCUCUCGAGCUAAAUAUUGUUAAUGUCAUUUUGAAAAUGGUUGGCAUGUUUCAGUGAAAACUGAAUACUGACCUUUUGGGUUUCUAAGAAGAAUAAAUUUCUUAAAAAAUUUUUUAAAUGUCUCUGCAUCAAGACUGUAAAUGUGAUGUUUUCCUCUUUUGCAGCCUUUACCAAUUUAAAUGAGUUAUGAAAGUUACCUCA